UCAUUAUUCUACUCAUUUCUAUUGAUUUCUUUGUCCAUUAUCAAUAUCAUUACUCCCAAAACAAGCAACCUGUAUCUUUUUACUUUGUUUAACACAAACCCAGGCCAAACACAUUAUAUCCUCCAAUAUUCUCUAAUAUAUCGAAAAACAAAGAUCAACAUUAUGUAUCUGAUACCUCGUCUGAAGAGAGAACAAAUUUGAAGCCCAAUACUAGAAGAAACUAUGGUCGCAAAACUUUAGUAUCACGAAAGUCGAAGACUUGUGCAUAAAAAAAUCCAAUUAAAAAAAAUAAAAUUGAAGGUCACUGCAAUGAAGAAGCCCUAGACUGAAGGUAUUACGAUAAGGGAACGAAAGAAAUGGCCGACCACUCUCUCUAGUGCUCGUAAAGAGCGCUGCUUAGUUUCUCGGAUGAAGAUUGACGCUGAUGUGAAGGGCAAGCUUAAGCUUGUUUAUGGUAGCGUUGGGUCGAUUGAUAGUGAUUCCGAUUUCGAAACGGAACAAGAAACUUUGUCGGACCAAGAAGAACAUGAGGGUCUUUUGAGGGGCCAUCAUCGGUAUUUGCCGGCAAACAAAAAAAUUCUCAAGAGGUCCAACGGCAAUUCUCUUAUCGGCCAUCCUAUGAACAAAAAGUCGAGAAUCGAUGAUGAAGCACCACCCCCUGAAAAGAACAUCAGAACUUUUGAUAUUGCCUCACAGUGUCACAAUAGAGCAUUGUACCAAUUUACUUGA